AUGUGGAAAGAACAAGCUGUACAGUCUCUCAUUGUUGUGUGGAAAGAACAAGAUAUACAGUCUCUCAUUGUUAUGUGGAAAGAACAAGCUAUACAGGCUCUCAUUGUUAUGUGGAAAGAACAAGCUGUACAGUCUCUGAUUGUUGUGUGGAAAGAACAAGCUAUACAGUCUCUCAAUGUUGUGUGGAAAGAACAAGCAUACAGUCUCUCAUUGUUAUGUGGAAAGAACAAGCUAUACAGUCUCUCAUUGUUAUGUGGAAAGAACAAGCUAUCAUUUUGCCAUUUAUUCAGUACUGUUGCUAUAUACAUCGAUGUCGGUGGUUCUACCCAGGUGCCCGCUAGUGAUGACAUAAUACACGAAGGGGCAGCUAGGGUCUUCCCCCUUCAACAAAAGCUGGAAAGUCUCCGUAUGACUUAUAGAUGUAUCGGUGUGAAGUUUAACUCAACAAUACGAAAAGCAAAAGAAAAAUAUUGUUCAUUUAGAUAUAGAGGAUAUUACAUGAGUGCCUUUCCUUAUUGAAUUCAUUAAACGAGUUGAAUAAAAUAAUAAAAUGCGAGGCUCAGCCGAGCAUUUUAUCAAUUUUAUUCAACUCGUUUAAUAAAUUCAAUGUGGAAAGUCACAAAUGUAAUAUUCUUUUUACCACAUGUUAGCCUUUUUGUCGAAACAUCAAAUAUUUGACUUUUUUUUU